AUGAAGCCCAUAAAAAAAGUUGUUAUAAUUGGGGUGCAUAGUUUUUUACCGAUCAAGAUGGUACGAACGAUGAUUGGCGAAAGCACCGGGAAUUCCAAUACGUACGUGAAACAAGCCAGAGAAGCGGUUAGGCAGUGGAUGGAGGAGCACGACGAGGAGAGCGAUAUCGUGACCAUUGCAUUAGAAGGAGAAGGGUUGAUUGAAGAACGGGUGGAGGAGAGUUUCAAGCUCUUAAAGAAUUGGCGGAAAACGAUUGAAGCGAGUGAUUUAUUAAUAGUGGUUGGGCAUUUACAAGGAAGUUUAAUUGGAAUACGAUUAUUAGAGAAUAUCCUCGACUCGUAUAGGAUGAAAAAGGAGGCAAAAGUUGGAAUGAUGAGCAUGAAUGGGGUGAAUUGUGGACCAUUUGCCAAUCUCAGUAACAAGUUGGUGAUCCGAGCAUACACCAGCGAGGAAAAUGACAUUAUAAAUGAACUCUUUGAAAUGAGUAAGAAAGCAAGUAAACUUGGUGCUCGAAUUGAAUUGAGUAUGGCCAAAUUAAUUCAUCACAAUGUCAAGAUCGUAUUCAGUGGUAAGAUGAACGAGAUGUUUAUUCCAAUGUAUUCCAGUUUAAACAUGAAUAUUGAACAUAUGAAUAUUUAUCGAAUGAUGUAUUUCAAUGGAGAAACACCACAAUUCAUUAAACAACUAAUGAAAAUCAUUCUCCUAGUUAAGAACUACGGCUACAGCGACCACAAUUUAAUCAAAGACUUGAGUGAAAAAUUUCGCAGCAACAAAAGCAUACACAAGAAUCUGGUCGGGUCCGGCGUUAGCAAAGUUAGCUCGUUAUCCAUUUAUAAUCCCGAAAUGAAUUCCCCAAUUAAUGAUUCCAGUAUAAAUAGCGGUGCGGCUCAAACUUCCAAUGAAAUAAAUCUAUACCAUCUUCCAUGGAAUGUCCGGGGGUUAAUCCAAGAUCUACUAAGAAUCAAAAACAUCAACGGGGCCGAACGCAUCACCGAGUUGAUCAACAGCUACCGCGGGUGGGAACCCACCGCCAAACACAUGAAGGAGUUGAAACUAGUCUUUGAAGUCUUCGACACCGAACUCGAUGAGUUGGUUAUGUAA